UGGGGGUGGAUGAUCGUUGCCGGCUGCUUCCUUGUCACCAUCUGUACCAGGGCCGUGACGAGGUGCAUCUCCAUUUUUUUUGUGGAGUUCCAGGCAUACUUUGGGCAGGAUUAUGCCAGAACGGCUUGGAUCCACUCCAUUGUCGACUGUGCUACGAUGCUCUGUGCCCCACUUGGGAGUUUAAUCAGUAAUCAUGUAUCCUGCCAAGUUGGUAUCAUGCUAGGAGGCCUGCUUGCAUCUACUGGGCUAAUUUUGAGUUCAUUCGCCACCAGCCUGGAACAUCUCUACUUAUCAUUAGGAGUCCUUACAGGACUUGGGUUUGCACUCUGUUAUUCUCCAGCCAUCGCGAUGGUGGGCAAAUACUUCAACAAAAGAAAAGCGCUGGCGUAUGGAAUAGCCAUGUCAGGAAGUGGAAUCGGUACCUUCAUCCUGGCCCCCGUGGUCCAGCUCUUAAUCGAGCAGUUUUCCUGGCGUGGAGCUUUACUCAUCCUGGGAGGUUUUGUUUUAAACCUCUGUGUCUGUGGCGCUUUGAUGCGGCCUAUUGCUCUUAAGGAGGACCGUAAAACUGCUCCUGAGUUUCUUGAACAGGAUUAUGUCUCUGAAGCACAGAAACGAGACUUAAAGCGAAUGUCCAUCUGUUCACCUUUAAUCAAAGUGUGGUCUCAUGAAUAUUUAUGCUACUGUUCAUGGAAGGAAUAUGACUUUUUAUUGAUGCCAGGCUUCAUGAUGCUGGCAGUGUCAGUUUUAUUUAUGGCAUAUGGCUGUAGCCCUCUCUUUGUCUACCUAGUGCCUUAUGCUUUGAGUGUCGGAGUGAGUCAUCACCAGGCUGCCUUCCUCAUGUCCAUACUCGGUGUCAUAGACAUCAUUGGUAAUAUCACCUUUGGAUGGCUAACAGACAGAAGGUGUCUGAAGAAGCACCGGCACUUUUGCUACCUCUUUGCUGUGGGAAUGGAUGGCCUCUGUUGUCUUUUCCUGCCAGUUCUCCAAAACUUCCCCUUGCUUGUGCCUUUCUCAUUUACCUUUGGCUACUUCGAUGGAGCCUAUGUAACGCUGAUCCCUGUCGUGACGGCAGAUGUAGUGGGAACUUCUUCCUUAUCAUCAGCACUGGGUGUCGUGUAUUUUCUGCAUGCCAUACCAUAUCUAGUUAGCCCGCCUGUUGCAGGCUGGCUUGUGGACACAACUGGCAGCUAUACUGCAUCGUUCCUCUUGUGUGGAUUUUCUAUGAUAUUUAGUUCAACGUUACUGUGCUUUGCAAGACUAGCAAAGAAAAUCAAAAGAACACAUUUGCAGUCACUCAGCAAUGAUACUGGCACCAAACAGCACAUCUGGACAAAUGGAGCAAUAGCUUAUUCUGUCACAGCAGAAUUAGACCAAAAGGAUAUUGAAUUUUUGGCUGUGGAUACAAACAGCUACAGCAACAGAUGA